AAACUAUUCAGUGCACUUAAUCAACCCGUAAAACCAUGCCGAACAACACCCAGCUGCAGCUGCUGCUGGUGGACGACACCAUCAACGAGGACGACGAACAGCUGCAGCAGGAGCUGAACGACAAUGCGUACGCGGAAAUUAUGUCCGCCAUCUUGGCCACAUCCCGGCGGGCCGCGGAGGUGAACCGGUGCAAUCAACUGAACACGCUCAAUACGAACAAAACGCUGGAUUGUAAGUUCGAUCGGUUGAUAUCGGAGGUUGGCGAUCUGAGGGAUGCUAUCGAGGAAAAAAUCGACACCAUCAAUCGGAAGAUUAAGCAAACUAACCGACUGUUUCAGACCAGUCAGGAUUACGAGAAACGUUCGGGGAAAGCUUGCGAGCUGGUGCUGAUGGGGAUUCCCUACCGGCGGGGGGAGAAUUUACGGGAAUACUUUGUGAAAAUCAGUAGAGUGUUGGGCUUCCCGGAGCAGGACAUUCCGCUGGUGUAUAUCCGGCGGUUGCUGAGCGAUCAUUCAAGUGGUGAAGUUAAGAUGAAGAUUCCUCGCUACAGUCCAUCGAUUUUGGACAAUUUGAAGAGUCGAACCAAUGCGAAAGCUGCCCAGGGUCAGCGGACCCCGAACGAGUCGAUUAUUGUGGUGCAGUUUGUGUUCCGGAAUGCACGGCAGGAGUUCUAUCGGCGAUAUUUGGACCAAAAGACGCUUAGUUUGCGGGACAUUGGCUUGGAUAGUGGUUCGAGGAUUUUUGUGAACGAAAACUUGACCCGGGCGAAUCUGGGACUGAAAGCGGAAGCGAUGAAGAUGAAACGGGAGGGUAAGCUAAAGAAUGUUUUCACCGUGAAUGGGCAGAUCUACGUGAAGCGGUCGAACGAGCACAAGUCGGAGCUGGUGACAAGUACCGUGGACCUGUUGCUGAUGGACGAGAACAAGAUGAAGAGCAAUAAAGAAAACUACCCACGUGUCCUGGAGCACAUCAUCCAUACGCAGCCGUACGUGCUAAACCGCGAUUACAAGGAGAUACUGAGCACCUUAGACAUCGUAUCUAACGAUUCAGAGAUCUCGGUGCGGUCUAAUCUAUCAGCAUGGUUGCAGCGGCUGUGCGUGAGCUGUCUCGAUCGGGAGCAGAGUGUGAACAGCGAGUUUGGUCGCUGCGUGCUGGAGAAGGUGCUCAGUAUCACGAUUCGUUACCUCACAGAUGAAUCAGGAGUGAGUACCAUUCGCGGCGGAGCCUUCGAGAUGCUCAGCUAUCUGAUCGAGAAGGGCUUCCUGGACAAAGCCACAACGGAGGAAACGGUCUGUCCGGUGGUGGAAAAGCUCAGCCGCAAACCCCUGGACACAUUCGAUGAGGAACUGUACGCAAUUUACAUACAUCUGAUGGUGAAGAUUGCACCGAUCGUUGGCUAUGCCAAAACGUACGACCUGGUGUACGAUCGGUUCGUCGAGAUGUGCCGCUGCAAGGAACAUUUUGUCCGGCGAGAAUGCGCCACCGCGUUUCCGGUUAUGUGCGAGGUGCUCGGAGAUGAUCUGUUCGAAAAGAGCAUGCUGCCAAUCUUCAUGAAACUAUGCGACGAUGAGAUCUGGACCGUGAGGAAGGCCUGCGCCGAGGUGCUGCCCAUCGUGGCGUUACUCUGUACCCUGGAAAAACGGCGGAAGGUGCUGGUACCAGCGAUGAAAAAGUUCAUGUUCGACCCCAGUCAGUGGGUGAUCAUGGCGGCCUUGAAGAACCUGGGCCAAUUUCUAACCACCUUCGCUCAACUUCGCGUCCUCGGUCUAGCCUACAACAGCAACCUGGAACUAAUGGUGACGAAUGCGGCCGACCAGCAAUCCUUCAACCAACUGGACAUGCGCCGCGUCACCUACGGAAAUCAACCGUCGGCCGAUGUACUCGUAAAGAAUUUUGAAAGCUACGAAAAGCGCUUUCGCGACUCGAUCCAACGCUACGCCUUGCUGUCCCUGGUCAAGUCAAACGAAGAACCCUGGAAGGCCCGUGGUGACGACAUGAUCAACGUCGAGGUGUACCUUUACUCAAUAGUGUACGCCGAUCGGAGAUCGCAGAGAUUGUCUACCGGGUCGAAUUCGGAUGAUGGGGGCAUUUCUAAAAUUUCCGAUUUUUCCUACAAGUACUACGUUAGGAAGUCACUUUCGUCGAGUUCGCUAUGUGCUCCUCCACCGGUUCAGCUGCAUCGAGGAGGUCGCAAUUACGACGAAAAGAACCCUUUAAAUCGCUUCUUGCGGUACUGCUGGCCACUGAAGAAUAACUUUACGGACGCCUUCGCAAAGCAGGGAAGUAGCGGAACUGGUCGCGGCAGUGAAUCCGAUGACUAUCAUGGUGGGUGGGGUCCUGACGAUGAUGACUAUUCAAUGUUGGCUAUCAGAAUGAAGAUGAAUGAACUGGAUGCGCUGGGUGCUGGUGGUGAUGGUGGAGGGGGAGCUGCUGCUUACAGUGGCAACAUUAGCAGUACCAGUAAUAGCAGUAACAACAACAACCAACGAGUGCCUGAAGAUGAAGGAACGAAGAAAUCGUCCGAACAGAGCUCGCGAUUUGAUGAGCCUCACUCGGAUGACGAAUCUGUUGAUCCAAGUUUUAACUCGCACCAAUUUUGGUACAUUAGUCCAGAACUGCCACUUGAUCUCGAUUUUAUCGAUGACGAUACGACCGGCGAUAGCAAUAAAAAAUCUGACAUAAGCAAUAAUAACGCCUCUAGUGCUUCCACUCCUAUCGCUUCUGCAGUAGCCCCCAUUGCAAGAACCGAACUAGAGUCCCAGGAGGACAAUAAGAAUAACAAUUCCAAACUAACCUCCGAGGCUUCAGCUGCUGCAACUACGGCUGCAGUAGCAAGGACAACAGUUGCUCAAGAAAAUGAUCCCGCCAAUGAUAGCGAUUCAUCAUACGGCAGUAUUAAUAACAACUCGGAAUCGGAUAAACUGGAUACCGACGUGGAACGCUACUGUUCCGAUCUGCAGCAGCAACAACAAAAGCACUCGCAAUCGGCUGGCAGUGUAGGUUCUUUCCAUCAGCACCUGGAAGCUGUAACCGUUGGAGUAGGUGCACUGGCCAUCGGUAAGGAAGGUGAACGACUGAAGGACAUCAUCAAGUGGCAGAACGAGGAGGUUGAAUGGAAUAUGCUGGAAGACUUUGUACACAUGAAAAACAUCAACAAGGAACUGUGCUUGGAAUGCGCGUUCAACUUCCCGGCAAUAGUGUUGACCUUCGGUGAAAAAUUCUGGCCUAUUCUGAGCAGUCACUUCUUUGCUCUGUGUAACGACAUCCAGAACACGGUCCGUCGAACGAUGGCCGCCUCUAUUAGCAAAGUUGCGCUGAUCAUUGGUCGCGAGCAUGCUACUCGCGAUUUGGUUGCACCAUACACCGAAUUCCUGAUGGAUUCGGACGAAAUCAAAAUCGAAGUGGUGAACACAUUGGCCGAAUUCCUCAAGGUUAUCGAUGGCAGCGAACACGAAACGCUGAUGGACCAGCUCAGCUUGUGUUUGCAACCGCCGUUGAACAUGAUGAAUUGGCGCUUCCGGGAAGCAAUCGCCCGCCAGAUUGUUCAGCUGGUGCAGAUGCACAACAAAAUUCGAAAGGAGAACUGCCUGCUGUACCUGACCGGGCUGGCAAUGCGACUGAUGAUCGAUAAGUACGAUUUUGUGCGGAAAGCGGGAGUUGAUGCGUUUGUUGAGUGCGCCCAAGCCUUUCAGAACAAUGGUUCAGUGUUCAAAUUCUUCACCGAAAAUUUUGCCAACAGUACCAACUGGCGUCGUCGACAAACGUACAUAAUUACUGCUGGGAAAAUGCUGGAAACUGGUAGCGUAGAAGUGGAAACGUUCCGCAAACAUGUGCUUCACAACAUUCUGGCCCUAGUGAGCGAUACCGUACCUAACGUGAGAAUACAACUGGGCAAGUGUAUCAAAGAUAUCGUGCUUCCACACGCGAGCUUCUCAUCCACCUCUCCAGACACAAACGCCAUAGAGCAAACCCUCGCCAAACUGCGCACCGACCCGGAUCGGGACGUACGAGGUCACACCGAUGGCUACCAGAGUCCGGAGGAUGACUCGAUCGCUGCCGGGGCACCGGAAAUGACUGCCACCGGAUCAACUAUCGAUUCCGGAUCGAGCUCAUCAACGUCGUCCACUUCGUCGUUAUCGUCGCCUCCGCCGCCACCUCAUCCUGCUUCUAGUUUGCUAGAAGAUUCAGAAGAUCAGCAGCAACAGCAACAACAGCAGCAGCAACAACAACAACAACAGCAACAGCAGCCCGGGUUUCCCAUUCUGAGCAAUGACACGUGGUACUUCGAUGUCAACCAGCAGCAAGAGUAUGAGUUUUGAAAAAUGGCAUCGCUUUUAAUUCGUUGUUUCUAGGCAUCAAUUCUAACGAAAGAACAAAUCUAUCAUCCACCAGAAAUUAUUUACUAGUUUUCGAUCAGCAGUGUUUCCACCCGUUUCGAUUGAGAUUUAAUUGUUUAUAGUUCAGCUCAAUUGUAUAAAUACUGAUUAGGUAAAUUGUCUUUUAAGAGGGGUUCAGAUUAUUAGAACAGACAUAUUUUUAAAUCGUGUGGUAGCUCAAACGCUUUUGUUUUAUUUUUAAUUCAAAAAGUACAAUUUUGAGAUUUGAAGACGUAGAAAUGGACAAUUGAAGAAAAGUUAUAAUGUAAGUUCCCAGUACUAAACUAUCAUUUGCAAACAUAGACUGUAUUUCUAACUAUCCAAACAUACACGUGCAUACGUACACACCCGUCAAAGAGAGACAGUAGCAGAACAGCAAAUUACAGAUAAAUCGAUUAAGAAUGUUUAGUUUAUUACGUUCUUAUCAUAUAAUUAAAGUAUCAACUAGUGAAUAUGUCCACACAAUAAAUAAAGCGAUGCAAUUGAAAAGACUUUACUUAGGCAAAGUGUGAAAGUGAAGGCUAAACAAAUAUAUUGUAGUUUAAUUGAAA